AUGUCUCGCUCCGCCGGGCCAGGACCGACCACGGUCUCGACGAGUCGACCUCAGCAGUAUCAGCUUGUUUCUCCUGGCACGCCAGCUGAUCCUCGAGCAAUGAGCCAAAACAACAAGGAUCAAUUGAUCCAGUCUCUUCGAACCCAUCGAGUGAACACCAUCACCGAGCUACGCCGCAUCGAAAAGAUCUUUGCGUUUCUGGAUUCUGCCGAAGUGACCGAGCCCAUGACCACGGCAUGGGCCCAUUACGUGAACUCGAACAACUUGUUGAAUGAGCUUCGCGGCUUGACCAGGACAUAUCCUUUCAGCUCGGAGUGUCUGGAUGAGGCGAAGGCGAUGGUGGUGCGUGACCCAAGCAGCACUCGGAGCUGGAACUAUUGCUGGUUAGUUCUGGUGAAGAUGGAAAAGGAGAACCUCAUUGCGAAACACGCCCGUGCUCUAGCCUCCAAGGCAAGCACCUGGGGAGGUCGCAGGCCUACCAAAGAAGAGUUUGACCGCCUGGUCAAUGCCUGUGUGGCGGAAUGGACUCGAGCCCUCCGGCAAAUGCUCAAGCACUGGGACAAGCCUCCAAGCACGACCGGGAAUUAA